AGUAAUGGAAGACCCAAUGGUGUGUGAUUUACGGACUCUCCACGUAUACGGAUAAAGCACCCGUCUCGCCACGUCAUCCUUCCCCUCCUUUUCUCUUCCGUGUCCGUUUGCCCAAAUAACCUCUUCCACCAUUUUAUUUCACUGUUUCUUUUUUUCCCUCUCUUUCUCUGCGCUAACUACAACUCAAUCUUCUCUCGGGUUCUGCACCACACUACAUGGCAGUAACAUUGCGCGGCAGCAAUAACUUUCUCUCGUUAAGCUCUUCGAAUUGUUGGCUUUCAAAUGGCUCCCCUUACGCAGGGAAAAAAGUGUCCAAGUUAGAUUGCCUACUAUUGAGUAAAUGGGGGAGUUCAAGAAAGGGAUGCCUCAUACGAUAUGAUUUUUUAUUGAGCGGCAAUCCUGGUUUAGGUUGUAGAAAGUGUUAUUUGGUGUUUUCUAACCCUAGAAGGAGGGUGCAUCUGCUACCGUUUGCCUCCUCUGAUGACAGUGUCACUACCAAUGGGAGUCUUCAAACUAGCACCGGUACUGGUUUAGAAAAAAUGAGGGUGAAACUGAAUAGGUCACUGGAAGAUGAAGAGUUUUGUGAAGGACUUGUCCAAGCUUUAUAUGAUGCAGCCAGGGUUUAUGAACUGGCAAUUAAAGAGCAUAAAUCAUUCUCACGAAUGUCCUGGUUUUCAACAGCCUGGCUUGGGGUUGACCAAAAUGCAUGGGUGAAGGCACUGUCUUGUCAGGCUGCUGUGUACUCCUUACUGCAUGCUGCAAGUGAAAUUUCAUCUCAAAGCGAUGGUAGAGACAGAAAUGUCAAUAUAUUUGUUCAAAGGAGUUUGCUAAGGCUAUCUUCUCCCCUGGAGAGUUUAAUUAGAGAAAAAUUAUCAGCCAAGCACCCUGAAGCAUAUGAAUGGUUUUGGUCUGAGCAAGUUCCAGCUGUAGUGACAUCCUUUGUUGACAAGUUACAAGGGGAUGGACGCUUUUCUGUUGCCACUGCUUUGUCUGGAAAAAAUGUGGGUGUAAGCAGUGGAAGUGACUUAUCACUUCUUCUGCUAGCACUAACGUGUAUUUCUGCAAUUGCUAAACUUGGUCCAUCAAAAGUUUCUUGUUCACAAUUCUUUUCAAUGAUCACAGAAAUAACCGGUAGUUUGAUGGACAUGCUAGUUGGUUUGAUUCCUGUAAGUCAAGCUUAUAAUUCCAUAAAAAACAUUGGUCUGCAUAGAGAGUUUCUUGUACAUUUUGGUCCUCGGGCUUCAUCAUGUAGAGCUAAAGAGAAGUGGGGUUCAGAAGAGGUUGUUUUCUGGGUAAAUCUUGCUCAGAGGCAGCUGCAACAAGCUAUUGAUAAGGAGAAAAUAUGGUCAAGAUUGACAACAUCGGAAAGUAUUGAGGUCUUGGAGAAGGAUUUGGCUGUUUUUGGGUUCUUUAUUGCUUUAGGCAGAAGUACAAGGUCAUUUCUUUUGACAAACGGUUUUGAAACUCUGGAUGAUCCAAUCGAAGAUUUCAUCAGGUAUCUUAUUGGAGGCAGUAUUUUAUACUACCCUCAGCUCUCAUCAAUUAGUUCAUAUCAAUUUUAUGUGGAGGUAGUUUGUGAAGAGUUGGAUUGGCUUCCUUUUUAUCCUGGAAUCACCAGUGUUUCAAAACAGUCUCAUAUGCAUAGAAAUAAACAAGAAGGUCCUCCAAAUCCUGAUGCAGUGCCCCAAGCUUUUGAUGCUUGCUCUCAUUGGAUUCAGAGCUUUAUUAAAUACAGUACAUGGCCAGAGAGCCCUUCAAAUGUUAAAGCAGCUGAGUUUCUGUCAACGGGGCACAAGAAGCUGAUGGAAUGUAUGGAAGAACUUGGGAUGAUUAGGGAAAACGCCCUGGAGGCUGAAGCCACUAAAAUAGAUCAUGGACAUAGAUCUCUUGACGAGGUUUGA